AUGUUGCCUCACGGUGCCGAGGUCACUCCCCCGGAGACAGCCCCUGCCUCGCCUCCGGAAGAGCAGGAACAGCAUCGGCCCAUUAUGCCUCCGGCCGCGAGGAGAAUUGUUUUCGGUCGAACUUCUUCAGAGAGUUCUUCUUCUGAGUCAGAUUCCGAUCUGCCUUUUGACCCAGGGUACGGCCGAGACGCCAACUGGCAAAAGACCAUUGCCAAAGUUGCCGACAGCGUCGUCUCCAUCCAUUACACUCGGCCCUUGUCCUUUGACACGGAUUCUACCCACACAAGCCAGGCCACAGGCUUCAUCGUUGAUGCCGAACGAGGAUGGGUCCUGACCAAUCGCCACGUCGUGGGUUCCGGACCCUUCUGGGGUCACCUUAUCUUCAACAACAAGGAAGAGGCAGACGCCCGCGCGCUCUACCGCGACCCGAUCCACGAUUUUGGGAUCUUGCGUUUUGAUCCCAAGGAGGUCAAGUACAUGAAGCUGGCAGCUCUAGACCUCCACCCGGAGAGGGCCAGAGUUGGUGCUGAAAUCAAGGUCAUUGGCAAUGACGGAGGCGAGACCCUCGGGAUUCUCUCUGGCUUCAUCAGCCGCCUUGACCGCAACGCCCCCAACUACUCAGGUCUCUACAGGGACUUCAACACUGCCUACUACCAGUCAAAUGCGGCAGCAAGCGGCGGAAGCUCUGGAAGUCCGGUUGUCAACAUCAGCGGUCAAGUCAUUGCGCUACAGGCAGGUAGUCGCUCCGACGGCGCUUCGACAGACUACUUCUUGCCCCUUCACGAGCCGCUGCGUGCUCUGGGCGAACUCCAAGCCGGAAGGAUCCCCAAAAGAGGCGAUAUCCAAACCUGUUUUAGGCUCCAGACAUUCGAAGAGUGUCGCCGCUUGGGACUGACUGCAGAUUGGGAGUCCCAUGUGCGAGAGCAGUUCCCCAAACAGACGAGCAUGCUCUUUGUGCAAGACACGCUGCCUGGAGGCCCCGCAGAUGAGAAGCUCAAAGAGGGCGACAUUCUUCUCAAGAUCAACGGCACCCUCGUGGUGGAUUUCCUCGUGUUUGACAAUACGCUCAAUGAUAACGUUGAGAAGGUGGUCAAGUUCCAUGUGCUUCGCGCUGGAAAGGAGGUGCACGAGGAGAUUCUCGUUGACGACUUGGAGAAAACGACACCCAACCGCUUCCUUUCCGUCGCCGGAGGAUGCUUCCACGACCUGUCCUAUAUGAUGGCACACAGAUACGUGGUCCGAUGCAAGGGUGUCUACGCCAGCGAGACUGGGCUCCUCGAUAUCGGCGGUAGAAAUGGCUGGUUAAUCGAGCGCGUGGCCAACAAGCGGACGCCCGACCUAGACACAUUUGUUUCUAUUAUGAAGCAGAUUCCCGACCGAACCCGAGUUCCUCUCUCAUUCCGGGACCUUAAUGACUUGAACCGACUGCGCACUAACGUCAUUACAGUCAAUCGUCAUUGGGCCGCCAAGAUGAAGAUGAUUACUCGUAACGAUACCACUGGAACAUGGGACUUUGAGACCAUUGCGGAAGCUCUCCCACCGGCGCCUCCCGUGCCUUGCCGAGCAUCAUUCCCCAUGCCAGAGUAUGUGCCCAACGAGUUGAUUGCCAAUAUGGCGCGAACCUGGGUUCAAGUCACAUCAAUUCUACCCUUCUACGUUGAUGCUGUCCUCGGCCAUAAGAACACGGGCAUGGGUUUAGUUAUUGACGCCGCCCAGGGCCUUGUCUUGGUUUCGCGGGCCUUGGUCCCGCACGUUAUGUGCGACUUGGAAAUCAUCAUUGCGCAGUCCAUCAUGGUCGAGGGCAAGGUGCUCUUCCUUCACCCGUCGCAUAAUUACUGCGUCGUCCAGUACGACGCCAGCCUCGUGAAUGCGCCUGUUCUCAGUGCCGUCUUCAGCGAUGAGAAGAUUACUCAAGGCCGUCCCACCUAUUUUGUAGGGCAUUCUGGAAGCCACAAGCUGUUGUAUUCGUCAACUUCCGUGACAAGAAGACACAUCUGCUCACUCCAUCCGACUAAGGGUCCCCGGUACAGGCCUAUCAAUGUGGACUUCAUUGGGAUCGAAUCCCGCGUCGGCAAAGAUUGCACCAGCGGCGUGCUACUAUCACCCAAAGGCGAGGUCCAAGCAGUGUGGAUGACCUGGGAUAUGGACAACGGGUGCUACACUUUUGGCAUCGGUGCCGACAUAAUGACAACAGUAAUCGAUCUCAUCCGUCAAGGUCAGAUCCCCUCUCUCCGCGUUCUCCCCGCCGAGUUUGAGAUUAUCACCAUGUAUAACGCCCGUGCCUACGGCGUGCCCUCCGAGUGGAUUGAGAGGGUCGAGGCUCUCAAUGGUCCCCAUCAGCUGUUCGGCGCCAAGAGAGUGUUUGGUGACAGAGAUCCCCGUAUCCAUGAGGCGGACAUUUUGCUCACCAUGAACGGCGAAUUGAUUACACAGGCCAACCAACUCGACAUGGCACACUGGCUCAACGAAAUUGACGUGGAGGUUAUCAGGGACGGCGAGUAUAUGAGCUUCCGGAUCAAAACUUUUGAUGCAGACGAACUCGAGACGAGCCACUUCGUGAGCUUCUGCGGGAUGAUGGUCCAGAAGCCGCAGCUGGCCGUCAGGCAGGUUCUUCACCGGGUCCCAAGCGAGAUCUUCGUUUCAACUAAGUAUUACGGAUCUCCAGCUUGCUUCUACGGCAUGCAGACGGCCAAUUUCAUCACCCACAUCAACGACGAGGAGAUAACCUCCCUCGAGAAGAUCCUCGAAGUGAUCAAUGCGAUUCCCGACAACACAUACUUCCAAAUCCGCGCCGUUUCCUGGCAUGCCAUCCCGUUUGUCAUCACCAUGAAGAAGAAUGAGCCUUACUACCCUACCUGGGAGUGGCUGCGGGACCCUACCGCCCCCAGUGGCUGGAAGCGCAGGACCUAUGAAAAGGGCAAGGUCAUUGACGGCGAGGGAGAGUGCGGGAUCGUGGUUUAA